AUGUGGCCCGGGAAAAACGUCCAUCUCACCUACGGCGUGGACGGGACGUGCACGUUCGACCGAGCGAACGACUCCUUUGACUUUCCCCGGGUGCGAGGCGCAAAAUCAAACCCGCUGCGGCCUCUCAAGUCGUCUUAUCACUGUCUUGUUCCACCGCAGCUCGACCAGAGAUCGGAAGAUAUUGACACGGGCAGCAUCAAAACGGCGUCUGAAAUUGCAGACCAUACAGCUGACACGUACUUUGUGCCCAAAUCACUACUCAAGGCGGGCCACCAAGAGUCUCUGGCGGCGCAGGACCAUAAAAUAUACGAUCCAACCUACGGAGACCUCCUCGCUAUCCUUCGCUACGACGCUUCUAGAAUUACAGCAAAUCUCCUUAUCAGCACUACAGGCUCAUACGGGAAUAUUCUGGCUGUCAGUAUUCUAGAUUCUUCAGAAAUGCCCGCUCUUUCUACAACCAAGGCUAUUCAAUUUAAUUCUCGAAUAAAGCAAAUCUUCACCAUUCCGGAGACUCGCCACUUUGGAGUCCGCACCAGCGUUAGCGUUAGCAUAUUCGAGGCACAUGUGGAAAGCAAAUUCAGCGUCGGGGUGGCCCGGCUCGUGGAAAUCCCGCAGGAAAGCCUUGCUGGCCAGGCUUUUGCAGACGCGUGUGUCUGUCCUCAAAUGGAGGCAUAUAUUGCAUUGAUAGACGUGAAGGGUAACUUUGGGCUGUUCAAGCUUAUCAAGAGAGAUUUGGACCGCAAUUUCAACGACUACAGGCGGCUGUAUUUGUCUACAAUACACGAUCCUGCAGAGCUGUCCAAUUUCAAGAGAGUACGGUUCUCGCAGCAAAACGACGAGCUUCUGCUCAUGUCUCGAUCGUCGCUGCACCUAUGGUCGUCCAGACAACAGGUGUGCAAGGUGGUAGCAAACUACUGGUCGCGGCUGCUAGAUUUGUGUGUUCCCAAUGGCCAGACUGACUACUGCAUUCUUUUGACCACCAGGGAGAUUUCGUUGGUGCAGCUCUCUGGGUUCGAGCUUGUCUUGGGUUGGUCGCACCAUUUGGACGGACAGGACCUUUCAUUGAAACUUUCUGUGCAGCGAUACAAGGACAUGUUCGAGUGCCAUAUAAUCUCGCAGAUCAAUCCACUGGUAUUGGUUGUUUCGUUUGGUUUUUUGAACGGCAAGGCGCGCAUUUUUGGCGAUCCAUAUUUUUACGUCCCGCAUCCUACAGAGCCAGCUCAAUCCAUCGCGUUUCUAGACUACGGCACGAAAUUUGUCUUUUUUCAGCUCACGCGCGAGCUGGAGAUCUCGCGAAUGCAAAUGCAACGGUCCGAAGGGGACGUUGAGGUUCCAGAAAAAAAGCUACCAAAAACGCAGGAGACAAUUCCAGCGUUGCCUAAAUUUCUAGACACUACAACCAGCAACUGCGGGGACGAGGCCGCAAAGCUGCUGGAAAAAUUCGCCGCAGACGAGAACGACAUGUAUCUCUCCCUGGGAUCGCUGGUUCCAACGGCAGGGCCUGUUCCUGGCAACCUAGAGUCUUUGGUAGCACAAAACGAAUUGGUCGUCUACGACGCGUCAGAGCGUCUUUUUUCCGACCUGGGCCAAAUCCAGAGACUACAUAGUCUUCCAGACGGUCUGUUCCGGCCUCUCAGGCAGUUUGAGAACCGUGAGUCCCGGCUGAAAAGUAUACUGCAGAACAAAAGAAGCCCGUGUUUGGACCGCAUCAACAUCAACCUCGGGCUCAGUCUGCUCACUGUGCACAAAAAGAACCAGGGCGACCGCGGAAUCGAGGAGAUCCGGUCGCAGCUGCCGUUUGAGCUGGCCGCGCUGUUGGACCAGUGGAGACCGCACGAGCCACACGGCACCAGCAUCUUCAGCCACACAGAGCCUCUGAGCCAGGUCCCGGCGAUCAGCACGUCGCAGAGCAGCAAGAAGAAGCUGAAAACGCGGCCGUCGAAGCUUGCUGGGUUCUCGCAGCGGCUCUCUCAAUCGCGCCCUCCGAGAAGCUCGCAGCUGGUCCCGUCCUCGUCACAGAUCAGCACAUUGUCUCCUGCUAGCUCCCAGACCGCGUCUCCGCCAAGCUCGCAGCCCGAGGCACCUGUGCCGUCGCAGCUGCGCUCAUCGCUUCUGACACAGAGCACCUCGUCGCAAAAAAAGCGCAAGAAGCGCAAACUGGGCGGGUUUAUGUAA